AUGGCUUCCGCCGCGACCCUUCCUGCGGACAAGGCAGGUGCCGCAACUUCAAGUGGCAACAUAGUCUCAGAAAUGGAGUCGGCCUUCAGGUCGAGUGUGGAAACUGGCCAGAUUCCCGGUGCCGUCGUGAUGGCCAAAGACUUGACCGGGAAAAUCGACCAUGUGCGCUGUUAUGGAGCCAGAUCCGUCCGGCCGAACGAGGACGGGACGCUGCCCCCGAUGGAAGCAGACACCAUCAUGAGGAUGGGCCAGGCGAGCGUUCUCGUCGGGACGGUGAUGGCGCUGCAGUGCGUGGACCGUGGCCUGGUUGACUUGGACGAGGACGUCGGGCGGUUUCUUCCCGAACUGGCCAGCAUGAAGGUCUUGGCCGGCUUUGAUGCCGAGGGAAACCCCAUCAUGAGGGAGCGGAAGGGAAUCAUCACUCUCAGGCACAUGCUCACCGACACCUCGGGGAUCUCGCACGUCCCUAUCAGCCCCCUCCUGCAGCAAUACUGCGCCAAGGGGUACUCGACGUAUCCCCUGCCUGUGGGCUGCGAGACCGACAUCCCCGACCCGCUGGCCGCGCCUCCCGUGGGCGACCCCGGAGCGGAGUGGAUCCACGGCACCAACCUGGACUGGGCGGGCAAGCUGGUCGAGUCAGCAACCGGCCUGGAUCUGGAGAGCUACAUGCAGCAGAACGUCUGCGCGCCGCUGGGCAUCACCGACAUGACGUUCAAGCUCCAGCAACGCCCGGACCUGCUCGCGCGGCGGGCCGACCUGACGAAGCGCAGCCGGGAGGACGGCACGCUGCACUACGACGACAGCAUCUUCCUCCGCAAGGACCCGGCCGAGUGCUACGCCGGCUCGGGCCUGUUCGCCAGCCCGGCCGCCUUCAUGGCCGUCAUGCACUCGCUGCUGCGCCGCGACGGCGUCCUCCUCAAGCCCGAGACGGUCGACCACAUGUUCCGGCCCGCGCUGGACGAGACGCUGGAGCGCGGCAUGAACGAGCACUUCAACAAGGUCAUCCGCUGGAUCAACUACGGCUAUCCUCUGCCGCAGUGGCCCAGCCUGCGCCGCAACUUCGGGUUCGGGGCCAUUGUGCUCAUGCAAGACCUGGACGGGGACCGGUGGCGGCGCAAGGGGUCCAUGUCAAUCAACUGCGGCUGGAAUAUCGGCCUGCAAAUCGACCCUGCGGCGGGACUCUGCACCAUCGUGGCUUUUCAGACUUCGCCAUACAGCACCCCCAUUGAGGAGGGUCUGGUCCACAAGUUUGAGAAGGCCAUGUAUUCGUUGCUGUAA